AUGCUGCCCGUCAAUCAAGUAGCCGGACAACUGGGAAUACCGCAGGAACACCUCGUACCUUAUGGACACUACAAGGCCAAGAUUUCGCUGGACGCCCUGCAGGGCAGGGAAAACCAGCGGGGUAAGCUCAUAGUGGUUACAGGCAUCACUCCCACGCCGGCCGGCGAGGGCAAGACCACCACCUCGGUGGGCCUGACCCAGGGGUUGGGCAAACUGGGACACAAGGCCGUAGUUACCCUUAGGGAGCCCACCCUUGGCCCAAUUUUCGGCAUCAAAGGCGGCGGCACCGGCGGAGGCAUGGCUCGUGUGGUGCCCGAGGAUGACAUUAACAUCCAUUUCACUGGCGAUGCCCAUGCUGUGGCCUCGGCCCACAACCUGCUGGCCGCCCUCGUAGAUAACGCCGUUUUUCGCGGCCAGAUUCCCGGUUUCCAGCCCACCGGCAUUCAAUGGUCGCGGGUAACGGACGCCUCUGAUCGUUCCCUGCGCAGCCUCAUCGCCGGCGUGGGAGGCAGUAACAACAGUCCCUUGCGCGAGACCCGUUUUGACAUAGUUUCAGCGUCAGAAAUCAUGGCUAUCCUUGCACUGGCUGCCGACCCGGAAGACCUGCGACAAAGGUUGUCCCGUAUGGUGGUUGGCUUCUCAGACUCCGGCGAACCGGUUAACGUCGAACAGUUGGGGGUAGUUGGUUCCCUCAUGACCUUGCUGCGCCACACAACUAUGCCAAACAUGGUCCAGACCCUGGAGGGCCAGCCGUCUAUUAUCCACGCGGGGCCCUUUGGCAACAUUGCCCACGGAUGCAGUUCCAUCAUCGGGUGA